AUGCAACAAGUAACUCGAAAUCACACCUCAACACAUUUGCUUCUAAUCACCAUCAGUUUUGCAUUGUUUCAAGUUUUGAAUUCAUAUGAGAUGAGCGAUUCGGAGAGAAACCAUUUGAUAUCGGACUUGUCGAUGGCGUUCGGUGGUGGCUAUUACAAGAAAAGCGAUCCAUCAUGGAAAUAUAUCGGACUGGGCAAAAGAACUGAGCACAGUGACGAUCAACGUGCACUCACGCGACGCACUCGAAUAAAUCGUUUCGGCAUGAUUGGAUUGGGACGAUAA